AUGUCUAUUAGCCUCUUCUCUUCCAGAAUCUUCCUGUUCCUGGAGUUUCCCAGGUUGAGAUCAGGCCAAGGUGCUGGAGAGCAAGGAGCAGAGUUGGCCUCAGUGACUAUCGUUUCUCCUGAUGUCUCUAGCAGCACAACCUCUUUGAGGCUAGGGCUCCCUCCUCCCCAACCUCUCUCUUGUAUUGUGGGGCAUCCAGCCAUUUUAGGGCCUGCCUAGGAAGAAGACAGCAUCCCAGAGUCAGAUCCAAGGAACAAGACAUCCACCAUGGCCUUCCUCCUGAAGCUGCUCAGGUUUGGGACUGAGAAAAAGAAGGCAAAGCAUUACGCUAAUGUGAAACAAGAUGUGAAUCCUGAGGAUGUGUGGGAACUUGUGGGAGAGCUGGGAGAUGGAGCCUUUGGGAAAGUAUUUAAGGUUCAGAACAAGGAGACUGGGGUCUUGGCUGCAGCCAAAGUGAUUGAGACUCAGAGUGAGGAGGAGCUGGAGGACUACAUAAUGGAAAUUGACAUCUUGGCUAGCUGUGACCAUCCACACAUUGUUCAACUACUGGAUGCCCUCUAUUGGGAAGGCAAACUGUGGAUCAUCAUUGAGUUUUGCCCUGGGGGUGCUGUGGAUGACAUCAUUCUGGAACUGGAAAAAGGGUUGACUGAAGUGCAGAUCCAAGUGGUCUGCAAGCAGAUGUUGCAGGCUCUGGAGUAUCUUCAUGGAUCUAGGAUCAUCCAUCGGGACCUCAAGGCUGGGAACAUCCUGCUGUCUUCUGAAGGCUAUGUUAAACUAGCUGAUUUUGGAGUGUCAGCCAAGAAUUCCCGCACCUUGCAGCGAAGAGCUUCUUUCAUUGGGACACCAUACUGGAUGGCACCCGAGGUCAUCCAGUGUGAGACGUCCAAGGAAGCUCCCUAUGACUACAAAGCUGACAUCUGGUCCCUGGGGAUCACACUGAUAGAGAUGGCCGAAAUGGAGCCCCCUCAUCACGAGCUGAACCCCAUGCGGGUGUUGCUAAAGAUCCACAAGUCCCCGCCACCCACUCUGCGCUACCCUCAGCAAUGGUCGGAAGAGUUUAAAGACUUCCUGAGGAAAUCCUUGGAGAGGGAUCCUGAGAGCAGAUGGUCUGCCUGUCAGCUCCUGCAGCAUCCUUUUGUGUCAGAGGUGGAAGACAGUGGACCCCUACGGGAGCUGAUUGCGGAAGCUAAGGCAGAGGUCCUGGAGGAGUUUGAGGAAGAAGAAAUAGCCUCCUUUUCGCCAAGUCAAGAACAUAAGCACACCCUGUCCAAUGAUGGUGUUCCUUCCCUAGAGCCAGAGAGACCCUCAAAAGACAGGAAGUUCUCCUUGGAGAAGCCAGACAGAAGAGACACAGCCAACAAGGGUGUCCAGCUCCUACCUACAACUCUAGCAGUCAAAGGGAAUGACUUUCAACCUCAGGCCAGAGAGGAGAAUCAUAUAACCCUCCAGAAAAACCUCCAGGGAGAUUCUCCAAACAAGCCAGUUGAUGGUGGGGGCACUAAUUCCCCUGCUCAUUCUCCUAAUCCAACAGGACCUGGGCUCAGCAGACAGAGCUCCAUUGGUCCAAACCAAAGGCUGCUUCGGCCAAGAGCCCGCCGGACUUCAAGCCUGAAGAAGCAGAUGAGACGCAAGUCUGCACCUAUGCUGGUUGCACCCAUUGAUUCUCAAGGUUCCAUGAAGCUUCCCACCAAGGGCCCUUCAGAUGUCUUGAAGCUAAUGAGAAGAAGGUCAUUCUUUGGUGGGUUUAAGUCCCAUGACAUUCUUGACCCACUAGCCCAGGGGACUCAUGAACUGUUCACCACUCAAGAUAGAAAAGACCUUUUGGAAGAGCAACCCACUUCCACCACUAAGCUUCAGGCCACGCUGGACUCACAGAGUCUUGUUCUUCCUAUUCCCAAGGCACCCUCCCCUGAGCCAGACACAGCGAUGAGCUGUGCAAUAGAGACUACUUGCCCAGAUAAGCCACAGGGAUCACUACUUUUCACAAGCUCCCCCAUGAGCCUCACUGAGGGACAAGAGAGACUCCCAGUAAGAGAAGGAAUAACUGCUGCUCACUGUUGGACUUCAAAGAUAGAGAGUCCAGAAGAUAUUGACUCAGGCAUCCAGGAGCAAAUUUCUCAUCCUGCUGUUACCCAUCCCUCAACAGAAAACCAACAGCAGGUUAAUCUGGGUCUGAAAGACCCCACACUGAUGGAUUCUUCAGCAGGUCCGGAGAAUUCAGAGGUAAAACAUGAUCCCACAGGAAACCUGGAAAUGUCCUUAUAUGAGAGUCUGUCUGUUGCACCAGAAGUGUCGAGUGAUCCCCUGUCUGAUAAAGAAAGAAACAUCUCAUGCAAUCAGCUCAGUUCUACUUGCAGGCAAUGGACUGGAGAUGGACAUUUGGAAGGGACCAAAGCUCAGCACCUGGACAGGAUGUUUAUGUCUAGUCUUCUCAGAAAAGAUGAAAAGUCAGGAGCUGAGCAUAUGAUGGAGGCUCUCAGUCUCUGCCAGACCAGGACCCAAUUUCUGAGCAUCCAGGACCCAGGGGCCCCCAUUCCAACUAAUCUGACCAAUAAUACUGAAGAGCUAAUGACAGAGGAUUCAGGACCCUACCUAUGUUGUCCUCAAGAGUCCUCCAACUCAGGAGAUAAAGUGGGCUGUGGUACCCAGAAUCCAAAGGCACCACUCAAUGCAACACACUCCUCAUACCAAAAGGACCCCUGCUCCCCCAAGCCAGAGGCAGGGGAUAAAGAUUUGUUGCUGAGGGAAACAUAUGAGGAUGCUAAGAAAAACAUGUCCCCAGACUCAACAGGGAAAUCAAAGAGUCUCAGAGAGGAGGAGGCUCCCUCCUUGGGAGGGGAAAACCAAGUAGUGACCACACAAUUUGAGAAGAAUGAUACACAGACAAAUUUCUCCAAAGAUGAGAAAGAGAUUCAAGGAACAGAGGGUAAUGUAGUGACCCCUGUAGAGACUUUUAUAAAUGUCAUGGAAGAUGCCCAACCUACACCCGCAAAGAAGCAAGCCAGAGACCUAGAGGAAGGUGAUUACAAGGAGCCUGCUCUAAAGCUGGCUUGGACAGCAGAGACCCUGGAGAAGCCAACAGGGUCAGGAAUCCCUGAGCCCCUGAGGGAUAGAAAGAAACUUAAUUUUGCAGAAGACUGCUUGGAACAUAGAUCCAGUGGGGGAUCAUGGAGUAAAGGCACAGUCCAGAAGACUGAGGCAAGUGGUUCAGAAAGAAAGGACUCAAGAGACAUCAGGACCAACGUGACUGGUGACAAUAUGCCCAAUGCCAGGUGUUCACCAGUUAAAAGUGACAUUAGCCAGGACACCCUUUCCUUCAGAAAAACUGUAAAGAAAACACGCAAGUUUGUGGUGGAUGGGAAGGAGGUCAGUGUGACGACUUCUAGGCCUGUGCAGGAUGCUGACCGGAAAGGAGAGAGCAUCCGUUCUGCCCGCCGGAAGGAGCUGCAGGAGCUCCGGCUCCUUCAGAAGGAAGAGCAGAGGGCCCAAGCUCAGUUGGACCAGAGACUCCAUCAGCAGAGGGAACAGAUCUUCCGCCACAUUGAGCUGGAAAUGACGGGCAAGAAACAACACUAUGAUAGCCAAGUGGAGGCUGUGGAACGCCAUCAUCGUCAGAUUACAGAAAGGUUAGAAGCAGAGUAUACCCAGAGGCUCCAGGACCAGGCUCGGCGCCUAAAAGCCCAGCAGGAGAAAGACUAUACUCGGAAGUUGCCUGCCCUGAGAGAGAACGGGAAAGAGGAGCAGAGUUUUCUCCAGCAGCAGCAGGAACAGCUGAACCAAGCUCUACAGAAACUGAUCCAGGAGCACAAGAAAAAAGUGACCUCCAUUGGAUGGGAAUGCACCAGCAAAGUCCAUAGCCUCAAAAGAGCCCGGGAGGCUGUCAUCUGGCAGCUGGAACAAUCCCACUUACAAGACAAGUAUCAACUCUUCAAGCAGCAGGUGAAGGAACAGUACUCCCUCCACAGGCAACAGUUGACCAAGCGCCAUGAGAAGGAUAAUGAACGGAUGCGUAGCUUCCACCAUCUCCUGCUGGAAGAAUUGAAAAACCAGCAAGCCCAGGAGAGAAGUCAGCAACUAAAGUCUCAACGAGGUGUGGCCAGGAUCCGCCUGGCCCAGUUCAAAGAGAGUCUCAAGCUUCAGGACAUAAGUGGUGCUGAGCACCGGGAGCAAAUCAAACAGUUCUUACAGCAAGAGGAAGGACGCCAGAAGGCAGACACAGAGCGGCACCAGCAGCAGCACCAGAAACAGCUGCAGGAACUACAGCAGCAGCUGGAGGUCAAUGUGCAGGAGGUGGGGCAGAUGCAGAAUGAAAAGCUCCAGCGCCUGGUAGAACAGGAAAAGAAGAAGCUGACUGCCCUGGAUGCUGAACACGCCAUGGAGCUACGCGAGUGGCAGGAGAGGCUGGCUACACGAAAAGAGAUGCUGGAGGAAGAGCUGUCUAGAGCCCAGCUUCAUUUCCCAGGGCCCCGAAGAGGGAGCGAGCCAGCAAAGAGGCUUCAACGGCUCUUCCCCGUGUUCCACUUCCCUAUGUGAUAACCUCAGCCACAGUGAAAAGAGCUAGCCCACACCUUUUCAUCUUGGAGAGCUAGCCCACACCUUCUUUCAUCUGGAAGAGCUAGCCCACACUUUCUUUCACCUGUGAGAGCUAGCCCACGCCUUCUUUCAUCUGGGAGAGCUAGCCCACACCUUUCCUAAGUAUUUUUUUUCCAGAGCUUCCUCAAAAGUGGAAAUGAAGCUUCUACACACUAUACCUUAAGGAAAAGAAAAAGAUCUAUUUGUAACCAAAAAUUUUAGCAACAUUUUUUUCUAAUAGCAAAAAAUUGGAAAGAACCCAACCAUCCAACAACCAGGGAAUAACUGAACAAAUUGGGAUUUAUGAAUAGAAUGGACUAUUAUUGAACCCACAGCUGUCACUAGGGUGGGGUCGUCAGAGUUUGAUUCCAAGGUGUUUUGUUCAGGGGUUUUGUUUUCAACACUGAUGGUCCACCAGUCUAUCCUGGUGUUUCACAGUCCUCUGCUGGUCUGUGGCACAUAGUGCACGCAACCCCAUUUCCUCCUGUGUGACAUGAUACCUCUAUAAAAAAUAUGAAUAUGGAAAAAUGUCUAUAAAGUGAUACAAAGUAAAAAAAAUUAAAACCAAAAGAGCAAUAUAUACACUGGUCACAAUCAUGUACAUAAUAAUGUCAUAAUAUGCAAAUCUAGAAAACGUACCAUAAAUAAGAGGAAAGGAGAGGAGAAAUGUAGACAGAAAAGGCAGGUUUGCUAUGACUUAAAUUUACAUAUUUUGUUACAGUAUAAACAUUGGAACCAUCUGAUUUUUGUAUAAAUUGUUUUGCUUUUGUUCACGUGCUUUGAAGUUUCUGUUU